UUGAGAAGCUUUAAAACGUAAAAUAUUUUUGGAACCUCGCGUAAUUUUGUGAGGGGUGAGCGAAGGGUAUUCCCCUACGUGCAAGUGAGGUCUAAUUUGACAGAUGAUGCAAUCGAGCUUGUCGCGUUCUGAUUGGUUCUCCUAAGAGAAACUAUUGUUGUGAGAUUGUUGUGCACGAAGGUGGCACGAAGUUGCACCAUCAAAGUUAAAAUUUGCGGAGCUGGUGAAAUUGUGCCGGUACAAAAGAGGCAGUUUGACGUCUAGCGAGCAUUUCUACAUGCUACAAACUACAGAUGAAGACAAGGAAAAUUCCGUGAACAAACGGUCGAUUCAGUUUGAAUUCAAGCUUAUUUCUGUGUUUUUAACCCACCUUCGCGAGCAAAAUGUGUGGGAUGUUGGCUAAAGAUUUCCACAAACUUAUGAAAAACAUCGCUAGUUUUUCGAACAAUCAAGCAAACGUUGCCCAGUACGAAGAAAAUUUGGAUGAAUUCAAGGUGGAAAUCACUCCGAAUGACGGCCUUUACUGCGGGGGAAAGUUCGAAUUCGAAAUAAGAGUCCAAGACUAUCCGCUGAAAGCCCCGACUGUCACAUGUAGCACGCAGAUAUACCAUCCCAACAUCGACGAAAACGGUGAAAUUUGCUUGAAUUUGUUCAGCGAGUGGGCUGAAACUAACACUUUAGAAGACUGUAUCCAGGGACUGUUGUUCCUGUUGUACAAUCCAAAUCUAGAGGACCCUCUGAGUCCCUGGUUCGAUCCCGAAUUUGACACAGAUUUGGAAGUUUUCGCUGAGAAUGUCCGGUUGUCUUUGGAGGGAGGGGUUGUGGAGGGCAACCAGUUUGAAAGGAAUCUUGUGGUCGAAGAUAGUGUCACAGGGGAAAACGCGCGCAACUUUCAAUCUGAAGAAAGACAACAAACUAAAAAUGGUGAAUGCGAGGAUGAUGGGGGAAUAAACAAAAUUCAUGAUCAAGUGGUGGAAGAAAAGAUAACUGAUGGAAGCGAGGAUCAUGAUAAGGUCAAUACGACCACCGCUGUCACUGACACGACGGGGAUUCCUGAAGCUUUAAGUGUAUCUACAAAAUUUGAAGAGACACUUCAUUUCAUUUCAGGAAAAGUUAGUCCACAUAGAACUGAAGACGAAAUUAUUGUGACAAAGGAAAAUCAAUAGUAUUAAGUUUAUUACAAAAAAAUUAAGUGCAUCGACGGAAUGGGAGACUAAUCAGUGUAACGAACAAUUUAGAACUUUCGAUCAAUUCGUUGCAAAAAAAAAAAAAAGAAAGAAAAGAAAAAAAUUGGAAAUUUACAAACAACUUGCCAGUCAAGGAUCAUAUUAAAACUUGGUUAUUUAAGAUACUGUUGUCAAUGAAAGCAAUGUUAAACGCACGAUACUGUAAAAAAACGUAAUUAAACCUACAGGUAUGCUAUAACCUAUUAACAGAGAUGUAAAUACAAACAAGUUUAAUGAAAUUUAAUGUUAUUAAACAAAUUCAAUAGUCGACUAUUGUCAUGGGUUUGUCUUAUCGAAUUUAAAGGUUUCCUUGUUCAGUUGUGAAGCCCAUGUGACUUCUUGCGGUAUUUAUCUUGAAAUUCCUGCAGUCAAACUGUACAGACUUGUUUUGGUAAUGUGUGCAAGCCACGAGCAAUCAUCUCAAGGAGCAAUGCUGUGUAAGAGAGAGAGAGACUGCACAACAGAGAGGGGGCCAGAACUGGACUAUGGAACUCCCCUAACUUAUCCUACAUGCUUGUGUCAUUUAUUUCAGGCUUACUCUCUACCAGUUCUGAUUUCUCACCUACUGGGUAUUUGGUUGGUCUGCAAUGGCUAAAUGGGAGGUCUUGGUUGCUCCAUUCUAAUAAAUAUAUCACACCCGACUAUCAUCUGCUCUAAAAUCCCAGUAAACAGCCAGUUGUCUUAAUGUUUAAAACAUGAAUUACACGUGAAGACUGGGAAUGACUCUUCACCAAUGUACUGGGGCACACAGAGACACUGUGAGUGUGAGGUGUCAGAGGAUACAUCAAGGGCAAUUCAGAUCUUGUUGAUGUGAAGGCAAACAAACCAAACAGACCAUUGUUCACACAUGUACAGAUGUUACACCUUUCUUUCUCAAGGGCUUAGUAAUUUAUUAAUAAGGACUUUUCAUGGUAGGUAAGGUAAGGUAAAGUCUGC